AUGCAUCUCUCUGUGCGUCCGUGUGUGUUUGUAUGUGUGUGCCGUGCGUGGCUGGGUGGCAGCGUGAAUGUACGAAUUUGUUUUGGAAAUGUCGCUCACGUCUGUCCUCACUGUCCCCUCUUCCCUCAUACCCCCGGCUUUUUCCUACGUGUCUCUCCUGUCAUGUGUCACGCGGUUGACUGUCGCCGCGUAUGCAUGCGUGCGUGGGUGCGUGUUUGGGCAUCAAGAAUCCGUUCUUCGCUGGUGGUCCACGACGUCGUCUUCCGCCUGCCUUCCACAUCGUGCCACGACGAUGUGUUUCCUGAGACGUACCGUCGGGAUCAUGUCACAGAUACUCAUCAUGACACCUGGACCCAGCGACGUUCGGAGAAUGACGUGGUGUCGGCCACUGUGCUGCGAGAUGUCAAGCAAGUUCAUCGUGGCUCGUAUUGAUACUUUGCCGCUGCGCGUCGUAUUGGUGAGUCAAAAAUUGCUUUUUUUUUUAAUUUAAAAGGUAAUGCAUCUGCGAAAAAUAUAGGUAAAUGUAGGGGAAGCCUGGGCAAAAUGGACGUCCUGGGUAAAGGCGAAUAUCUUUUAUUUUCGCUUAUCUACCUGAGAUUGCGCUAUGAAUAUCUAGCAGUUGAAGGAAUGACUGAUCAGCAACGAUAUGAAAAGUAUGA